CGACACUUUCGCAUUUCGCUGUCCUCUCGCGCACAAAUGGAGACGAACCCGGAGGAAGACAAAACUAACGAACCGGUUUAACUAUUUUCCACACACAUUUCACGGGUGACACAUAAGUGCCUCGGCCUGGAAAUGUAAAGUCAAGAAAUGGCAGAAGGUGGUAAAAAUGGAGAGAGAGGAAGCGAGGACAAAGGUGGAGCAGGUGGCAGAUCUCCCCAGGAACCCCACGGUCUCUCCUCAGUGGGUGCCACCUCCCUCGGGACAAAGAGACAUCUCCCCCGAGGGAUUGUGAUCCAGCUAACAGGGACUGAAGGAGAGUGGGACAGCCUGGAUGAGAAUGAGUUCAUCUUCUCCCUUGAGCAUGAUGAGGACUACCCUGCUAUAUCGCUCUCUAAGGAGAAACAUUUUUCCGUCGAGGAUGACAGAGGGGUGAAGUCCGAAGAGUUCCAUGUCCCUCUGUCUCCCUCGACGCCAGGUUCCCUGGGGAACUGCUCUGGUUCUCUGGGCCCAAGCUUCCUCUUGCCUGGCACACCCUCACCCACCCACCGACCCUUAGCGAGCCUGGUCAAGUCUCUGUCCACAGAGCUGGAUCUGAAAGAGAGCUCCACCCUCAAACCCAAACCUUUUCUCAGCCUCGUCAAGUCAAUCUCCACAGAGCUUUCCCGCUCAGAACCCGAGGUGUCGCAGUCCAAAUCAGACUCCCGACUUAACCUCCACCUGUGGAAGCAGCUGACACAACCGAAAACCCGCAGCAAUGGAGACUCUCGGACUGCUCCCCCAUCUCCUAGUUCGCUUUCCCCAAGCGGAGACAGCCUGAAAGGUGGUUUCUUCAAAAUGGAACUGGAGGACACCAAGAGGAAGCUCACUGAGGUUGUGCACGAACCUUUGAGCAGCAUGUUCAGUAAGAUCAGGAGGGAAGAAAGCUCAGGCAGCCCCAAACACCAGUGUAAGAACCAGGGAACUCACCAGAUCAGCUCCAGAGGUUUGGGGCGGGAAAGUAGCUCAGACACUGUUCUGUCCGAGUCUCCUGUGAGAAGCGCCAGGAAAACAGAUGCUGAUGUUUUUUCUGUCUUUGAGUGGCCUUCUGUAAGACAUCUCGGGAGAACUCAGUACUGCCCCUGCCCGGUGCAUCACCACGUGCAGCAACACAGGGAUGAGGAGCUGGAAAUAUGUACAGAUGGUGAUAUGAUGCAAGUGUUUGCCAUCGAAACUCAUAAGCAGGCGAGGAGGUCGCCUGGUUCUCAGGCUCUAACAGCACCCACAACCUCUCCCGUUCCACAGCCCCCUCACCCUCUGCCACAAAUGAGUUUAUUUUGUGUGGCAGUGCUUUCAUACGGCUAUUUUAUCCUACCUCUCAGUCCAUACUUCUCUGGCCUGGCUCUGGGAUUAGCACUGGGCUUCUUGCUAGGGCUUUGGCUCAUUCGGAUGGGUUCCUCCAGGUCUAGCAACUCAGUCCAUACCUAUAGACCGCCACAGACGCUGUUGGGAGAAGGGAUUCUGACAGGUGGCAUUGUAAGCACUGAGCCUGACACACUCAAGGGCUGGAUGAAUGAGAUAUUUGAUUACGACCCAGAAACCAGCCAUCUAGGUCUGACUCACUCUGUGUUUGCCACCCUGGAGGGAUCGUGUCUCCGUCUGGAAACGCCACGAUCAAACAUCAGCCGCAGGGCCACGUAUGACGAGAGAUUCCACGAACCCACCUUUGUCAAGUCACGCUGCUAUCAGCUGGCAAAUAGCAAAGUAUUCCUGCUGCCAUCUGUGUUGGCGCAGAAGAGGAUGUGGAACCCAAAGUAUCCCAUCUGCAUCCAGCUAACCAGGGGGGCAAAAUCUCAGGAGGAUGAGGGGGGAAGGCGGGAGGAGAGCCGAGGAUCGGAGUCCGGAUCAGCCAGUCCAAAACCAAGAUCCUCCAAAUAUGACCAUGAGCUUCCCACCAUUCUUUACCUCUUCGGCCGUACGGGAAGAGAGAAAGAAGAGUGGUUCCAUCAUUUCCUGUUUGCAUCCAUGGACACAGAAAGGGAAAAGGAGAGAAACAGACAGAGCAAAUAUGUCUCCUGCACAAGGGGUGACCAAACACAGCGCACCAGUGUACAGGUUAAUGUCCCGAGCAGCAGAGGCUCCAGCAGAGUGGGCAGCAGUGACGAGGACGCCCCAUCCACACCUCCAUUCCCCAUUAUCUCGGGAGCGCCCUCCAGUAGCACCAGGGGCCUUUCUGUGCUCGACUACCCCAGUUAUAUGGCCCGUCUCCUGGUUACAGAGGAGCUGACCCCACUCUGUAGUCCUGGAGCCAGCAGCACAGAUUGUACCUGUGAUCUAGCAGAGUACCCAGGGAAAAGCCAAACUGCCUGGGCUAACGCUCUAAUCGGUCGGAUCUUCUGGGAUUUCCUGCGAGAGAAGCGCUGGGCCGACGCCGUCUCCCACAAGAUUCAGAAGAAACUCAGCAAAAUUAGACUGCCUUACUUUAUGAAUGAACUGACUCUGACUGAGCUGGAUAUGGGCAGCUCAAUGCCGCAAAUCUCCGCUACCUCCAGACCAGAGGUUAACCCCAGAGGCCUGUGGGUGGAGCUUCAGCUGGUUUACACCGGUAACCUGCAGAUGACCCUGCAGACCAAGUUCAACCUGUCCAAGCUGGGUAAAGAUGGAGGUCAGGAGACAGUGCACUGUAUGACGGAAACCGGUAGCCCACGCUGCAGGCCGAUCCUCAGUGUGUUGGCCGACAGUGAUGAGGAGUCCUCCAGCGCUGGUUCAUCUGACGAGGAGGAGUCGCUUCUCUCUGAGCCUCAGGGUCCGGUGGGUGAAAAGGGAUGCCCACCAGCUACAGAAGGGACAGGGGGUGGCAAGACUGGAAGGAAGAUUUUGAGAUUUGUGGACAAAAUCGCCAAAUCCAAGUACUUCCAGAAGGCAACAGAGAACGAGUUCAUUAAGAAGAAGUUUGAGGAGAUGUCCAACACGCCCCUGCUGCUCACUGUCGAGGUUCAAGAAUUGACAGGGACUCUGGUUGUCAACAUCCCGCCGCCCCCUACAGACAGGAUAUGGUACAGUUUCUGUGUACCACCAAAGCUGGAUCUGCAUGUCCGUCCUAAACUGGGGGAAAGGGAGGUGACUUUCUGCCAUGUGACUGAGUGGAUUGAAAGGAAACUGCAGGACGAGUUCCAGAAAGUUUUAGUACUGCCAAACAUGGAUGACAUCUACUUACCGCUGAUGCAGUCCGGCGUGGACAGCACUCAAGCCUCAGAGUCCCAACAAUCCCAAAGCUCCUCCACAGAAUCCAUAGAAAGGAUCCCACCCGAGAUCGCCGGGGCAGAAUCAGACUAGUGCCACAAUGAUAAUAAAAUAAUGGAAAGCCAACCCUGUGAAGUGGAUACAUAACAUGAAGCUAGUAGCUCUUAGGCAGACUCACUAACCUUAGUGUUUAUGUCUGAACCAGGAGUUUCUAUAAAUUGUGUUUCACGCUGUACGUGUUAAGAUAACUGACCAUGACUUAGAGAUCUGUUUGUGUCAUCUAAAGGAGAAUAACUGUCACAAUGAAUGCUAUGGAGCAACUUGCAACUGUUUACAUGUGAAUGAUCCAUAGAAGAUAUAUUUAUUUAUUUAUUUAUUUAAUUAUCUGAUGUUUACAAUGUCCCUUUGGAUAAUAAGAUGAUGGUCAUUAUUAAAUAAAGUUCGAAAAUACUGAAA